AAAUAGAAAGAGGGAGAGAGAGUAUGAGGGAAAAUUAGUAGAAAAGAUGUGUAGAGAAUAAGUUUUUUCCACUAGGAAAUGGUAAUAUUUAAUGAUUAGUACACUAUUGCCCCAGCGUUUCAACUGGAGCAGUGCGUAUCAAGACGUGUUAUCACAAACUUUCUCUUCAUCGUCUUCCUUUCGCACUCUCUUUUCCUCUCUCUCUCUCUCUCUCUCUCUCUCUCUCUAUCUCUCUCUCUCUCUCUCUUUCUCUGCCUCUUUUCUAUCUUUCUCGCUUUCUCAAUACGUAGUUAUUGGGUAAACGCUAGGCACGCACUCGGAAAAAAACAUCCUCACCUCGAGCAUCGGGCAUAUAAGCAUAAAUAUACAUAUAUAUAUAUAUAUAUAUAUAUAUAUAUAUAUACAGAUAUACAUAUAUAAAUCCAUAUACAUACGAUAUACAAGUAGCAAUCCUACAUUUGAUCGGCUUUCGCCGACGGUUCUAAUAGUGCACACCGAAUCAACGACCAUCUUGGCACCGAACCAUCAUUUCGAUCGGCAUGGUAGGAGGGAUUCCUACCAUUUUACCGCGACCUCAAACGGUAAGGCAAGCUUGCUCUGAUGCUCGCUAUGUCAUCUGCGUUUACUGACACAAAAAGUCUUUCGUUCCGAGGAAAGGGAAUUCAUUUCCGCGUCUUUGUGUCGCGCUAGUGCUGAACGUGACAGAAACCUGAAGAGAUCUAUUUAUGAUAUUGAAGUAAUAGGUGUCGUGAAGCGUGGAUAAGAAACAAAGAGCAUUGGCUAAGCCAAAAGCAUACAAAUCUGACAUACUCACACGAAUUCACUUCCAAAAUACACACAAAAACACACAGAGAAACAGUGAUGGAUGAAUGAAACGAGAACCCCUGCCUGUGAUCGGGCUUUAGAGCAUAGAGAUUCUGCUGCAAACUCAUAUUUAAUUCUAGUAGGCCGACUGGGAGAUGGAAAUGGCGAGUGGAAAAAAUGGAAAAAGAACUCUCAUUCAUUCCCAACCUCGUCGUAGCCGUAAGUUCAUUCACCAAGAAUUGAGUAAAAAAAAGCAAUUUAUUCACAUGAUAUAUACGGUAACAUUAAAACAAACAAACAAGCAAACAAAGAGAAAAAAGAAAAGAACAACUCACUCACGUACGAACACUUACGAACACUCACAGCAAAUUAAUACUUUACAAUAUGUGUAUGGAACAAAUUUUUCUCCCUCUCUCUCUCACUCUUUUAGUCGCUAGUAAACUGUAAUUCCGGAAUGCGGUGAGCGGGUGCAGACGCUGCUGGGCAUUAAUGAGCAAAUGUGCUCAUGCGGGGGGUAAAAGGCGGAGGCGCGCAUCAUAUCAAAGUGUAUCGUCGUCGCAAAGAAGUGAAGAACAGAACGGAAGCUCACAGUGCAAAGUGCUCACGCGAACGUUAUGCUCACAGGCAAGCAAGCAAGCAAGCAUAAACCCUUUUCCUGGGUAUGGGAUGUGUUCGGGAGACACAAAAAUGACAAUCGUAACUAAACGUAAUAUAGGCUGACACAGAAUAGGAGAUCGUUUGGGCGUGCGCGAAACAGCGAGGAAGAGGAAGGGAUGAGCGGUGAAGAAAGCAACAAACAGAAACCUAGAGAAACUCUUAGCUUGUAUGAGCACGUUAAAGCCGUAAGAAAAUACCAACUUUAAACAUUAAGAGAUAGUGGCCCCGUGGGUGCGCCAUCGGUUUGCAUCGGUUUGGGAACAUGGUUCCAGCCUUUGCAAGCCUGCAAAUGACCGACGACGUCGACGUGCCCUUCGCAUGCACGCAAAAUAACCCCCUUUGUCAACCCCCUAGUCUGUAAACAUUCCAGUACGGCGGUGGUUCUUGAAGUCGUGGCAAAGGGCCGGGAAAGGAAAUAUGGAAUUGACCUCACCGAGACGAAAAAGGUGACCGGGCGGCGCUAGUCUGCCGCCCAGUGACUCUUGCCAGCGUGAACGGGAGAAAAUAAUCUAAUUUUAAAACAAAGCGCUUUAGCGCCUGGUUCUGAUAUUGUUUUGUCGUAGGUUUUUUGUGCCACUCGACGGCAAAGACUUAUACGGUGAGCCACAAUCGAUCAAUCGAACGUCUAUUGCUGGUACAAUCCAAACUUAUACUCGACACACCACUCUUACUAGGGUGUAAUUGUUUAUUUAAUUUUAAUGAAAGUUGCUACAGUAAAAAAGAGCGCGCCAGAGAGAGCGAGAGCGAGAGAGAGAGAGAGAGAGAGAGAGAGAGAGAGAGAGAGAGAGAGCGAAAUAUAGAAAUAUUUUAGCGAAUUGUUUUUCGAGCCGAAACACUGUAGAAGGAAGAGAUGGAAAGCGAAAACAUUGAUAGCCACGCGUGAAAAGAAGAGAGCCCUUAGUUAAGUUAAGUGCGGAUAUCUGGAAUCUCUUCGUAGUGGCUUGUCUUCUGUGAUGUUAGAUGCUUUUCAAUUGGACGUUUGACCGCAAUCACGACAGUCGAUAUUAUAUUUUAAUGUUGUUCUGCUACUAUCAGUACU